GGCGCCAAAAUACAAGCGGCCAUGUUGUUGUGAGAGAAGUGGUGGUGUGGCGCGCUACUCUCCCACUCUUCUCCCAUUUUAAGUGCUUAAAUAGUGACACACUGAGCCCCCAGUGAUAGUGAAUCAUAACUAAUAUGAUAGUGACUUUACCCCGUCGGAAAUAAUGUCUCAGAGCAGCGCCCACAGCAACGUGGACGACGAGUGGUGCUCUAACGAUGAACUGACUGACGAAGAGUACGAGAUUGACGAGUCCUCCCUGGACGACGACCACCCUUCCUCCACCUCCGGUCCCAGGAUCAAGAAACACGUCAAUAAAGGUCGCUGGACCAAGGAUGAGGACGAGAAGUUGAAGGUGUUAGUGGAGCAGCACGGGGAGAAGUGGGAGGCUAUCGCUGGCUGCUUCCUUGACCGUAACGACGUGCAGUGUCAGCAGCGCUGGCAGAAGGUCGUCAAUCCCGAGCUGGUCAAAGGUCCCUGGACCAAGGAGGUCAGUGUCUGUGCUCUUGUUCUUGUGACCAGCUGCUCCCAGGCUGGUUACUUUCCCCUACCACACUGUGGUCACCUGCUCCAACCUUCCGUCCAACUACACUGGUCAGCAGGUCCCUGUAUAGUGCUGUCCCCUUACCUACUACCUCAACACAACACCCUUGUAUCACCUGGUACUAAAUUACUACUACUACUACCUUCCCUACUUCACCACAGUGUGGUCAACUAGUUCUCCUCCCCCCACUACAGUACCCAGCUGGUUUCCUUGUAAUGCUACCCUUACCUUCCUUCCCUACCCCAGCUGUUCAACAGCCUCCCAUCAAGCAUUAGGAGAAUUGCCAAUAAACCCCUGGCUUCCUUCAAGAGAGAGCUGGACAGAUACCUAAAGUCAGUGCCGGAUCAGCCGGGCUGUGGCUCGUACGUUGGACUGCGUGCGGCCAGCAGUAACAGCCUAGUUGAUCAGGCCCUGAUCCAUCGGGAGGCCUGGUCAUGGACCGGGCCGCGGGGGCGUUGAUCCCCGGAAUAACCUCCAGGUAACCCCAUUACACUGAUCAGCUGGUCCCAGGGUAGUACUGUCUUCCCUACCUCCCCUCACCCUCCACCUUGACCAUGUAAUGCUACUCCUACCUCCCUCCCCCUCCUCACCACACCCCGCUUUGUUGUUGUGGCCAUUUGGUCACCAUGUUACGCCCCCUUCCCUCCCCCGCCCCCUACUUCCCUCACCACCCUCUCCUUGUGGUACAACUUCACCCUGUGAAGAUUUACCUAGGGUAGCUUCCGGGGGUCACCGACCCCGCCGCACUUCUAAUGAAACAAGUGCUCACUUGACUCACGAAAUUGUAAUAACACAAUUGUAAACAAACCACGGAACGGGUGGAGUUUGAACCCAAGUGCUGAACCCAAAAGGGUCAUGCAAUGCUUCAGGGUGGGAUGUUCUGAAGAAUAUACGGAGGUUAGGCACGAGUGUGGGUAGUGGAAAAGGUAAAAUAAUAUCAAAGUUAUGCCUUCUGGUUGCUGGCCUGAUCGAUCAAGCUGUUACUGUCUGCCGCCAGCAAUUCGACGUAUGCACUAAAACCCAGCUGAUCAGCAACCUGUCGAAUUCCCCCUUGAAGACAGCUAAGGGAGGGGUGUGUCGGUAAUCUCCCUUAUGGAUGAAAGGAGGAUGUUUAAGAGUCGUGGUCCCUGAGCAUUUAUUGAGGAUACCACUGCAAACCUUCAAGUCAUGUAAAGUCUUGCAAAUGACCACAGGUAUGUAAUAAAUGAAGGUAAACAGAGGUAGACUGGUGGUAA